ACCCUCUUCCGAUCUAGGCCCCACGUCCAGACCCCUGUGUGUCCUGGCCCUGCCUUCACAGCCCGGCCAGCCGCACCACCCAGCUGCUCCAGGCCAAGCCGGGAGGGGGUCAGCCUCAUUCCUCCUUUCACCCCUGCACCUCCCAAUUCAGGCAUCGGCGAGCCCCACCUGCCCCCCGCCCCAGGCAGCCUGCUUUUCCGCCCACGGCUCUGUAAUCUGCUCCCACCGCGGUGGGCAUGAUCUUCCCCAGUGGAAGUCGGGUCCCCGGCCACCUAGCUCCUGGAACGAGGCCGCCCCUGGUUCACCUGUGUCACCCCCACCCCUCCCGCCACAGCACACCUGCUUCCCUCAGGGCUCUCGGCUCCAUGACUCACCCCGGGACCUCUUUCUUGCCUCCAGGCCUUGGCACUGGCUGUUCCCUCUGCCUGGAAUACCCUUCCCAGUCUGGAAGGGCUGCCCCUCUCGGGCUCAAAGGAUGCCUUUCUGGAGCAACCCCUUGGGCCCCGGUCCUUGGGCUCCCAGGGGGUCAGUCCCAGCAUGGACCGCCCCCUGGAGCGCCGGCUCUGUUGGCUUGUUGCCUGGUGGAUGUGGUCACCGCGGCAUCGACGCCCAAUGACAGGUGUGUGACUUUGACCAGGAUGUCUGGAGUCCAUUGCUCACUGCCCUGUGGUGACCCUAUCUCUAGCCCCUCACUAACACGUUUGCUCCCCAGUUUCCUCCAGAAGUCAAAACUGAUACGGGGUGGCCUCAAACCCCAUCACACAGACGCUGUCGUCAGGCAGGACAGGACGUUCCAGGGGCCCAGGGGUCCCCUCCCAGGAGUGGAAGGCACUGGUUGGACCUCUCCUCGGACGGAGUUAGUUCCUCCAUGCCCGGAUCCCCCCAUCUUGCAGGUCAGAAAACUGAGGCUGGACAUCAGGGAACCUGCCCGGAGUCUGGGCAGUGCGGGAAGUGUGAGCCCCACGGCUCAGGCUCUCUGCUUUCACCAGGACCCUCAAAUUUCCAUGCCCCAUGCCACCCAGAGGUCGACCACGCCUGUGCUGGGGGUAGCCCCAGCUCAGCUGCUUGCCCACAGAACCAGGAAAUGGCAUAAAAGGCCUCUGUAUAAAAACGGAAAAGUAGGACACGCUCAUGUGUAAAACGCACACACAGAAGGAUGAGUAGCAGAAGCAUGGUGGUCCCCACAUGUUUACCCCCCGUGGAGACCACCGGGACACAGAGGUCUGGAGUCUUAGGGGACCCCUGCCUGCUCACAGGGCCCAGGGCUCGGGGGCCUCCCCCCCGCUACAGCUCUGCCUUCACCUCCUCCCCAGCAGCUUCGGUCCCAGCUCCCCCAUCCUGGCUGAGCGUGGUACCCGCACCCACGGUUGCUAGGAGACGGUUGCUGAGAGUCACAACUCAGCUGGCAACGGAAAACACCCCCAGCAACACAGUUUGCUGGGCCCGUUUAGACCGACUUGCUUCCUUGUCCACUCAAGGCCUCGGCCUCUAUGCAAACAUUUGGAGGGUUUUCUCUCCCAAGGUUUCUGGAAACUUAGCACGCACGCAGUGUUUGGGUGUGGUUGUGACAUACAUGUAACAGCUAUGGUGUCUGCGUUGAAGCCUGGGACCAAGGCAGGCGAUGCCAUCGGGAGAACCCACUUGUUACCGCAGGCUGGCUCGGGUGCUCGGCUAAUUCAGGACCUUGUCUCAUCUGAUCAAACCCCAGGCGGCCAGCUUCACACCCCCAAGCCCAAGGCCCAGCCGAUUCACAUAAAAGAGGAGAGGCUGAUGGCUCCCGACCCAGAGCCAGGCAGGGGGGUCCCUCUCCACUGCCGUGUGCAGGGACAUCACACCCCAAGCCAUGUGCUGACUCCCCAGGGCCCAGGACAAGGGCUAGGAUGCUUGUCACCAGCUCUUCAGGCCACACAUAUUUCCUUUUGAGGGACCCCAGCCCAGGGACCCCGGGAGCCGGCAGUUAUGCAGGGCAGAUGCCCGGAAGUUAGGAUGGUGGCGUGGCUGAGGCAGGCGCUUUGCCUAGAAUCCUCUCCUCUCCCCAGUCCCCCAUCUGGCCAGGAAUUCUAGCACGAAACCAGAAUCCCCACUUUCCUCUGUCUGGGUAUCUUCAGGGUGGCCCUUCUCCACCCUCCGGAGGCUGGAUAUGGCCAAGGAGUCAAGGGCAGAAGUGACACGCUAUCCAGGAAAAGCUUUGAGAGCCACCACACCAUUCACUGCCCUGGCCACCAGCAACGGGUGACAGCCAGUGGGUGGGGGCUCCACCCAUCUGGGCUUCUAAAUGGGGAGGACAGGACAUGGGACAGAGGAGAGCCAUCAGGCCAUGAGGGCAAGCAGAAGAUAAACCACUGCACUCUGGGGACUGUUUGUUACCGCAGCCUGACCUAGGCUGUGCUGACUGCUACAGGCUACGGGGGUGUGACAUCUCAAGGGUGUCCUUUAAAAUGCCAACAUCCCUGGCAAGGGGGAGAGGUCUUAAAACUGAAGAUCUUAUCAGGUUGCUGCUGACUGCAUGGCGAGAUCCACAGGUUAAGCUGGAGGCCUUGGAGGAAUGGGACUCAGGCUCAGUUCUGUGGGGAGCCUGUGGGGGUGCUCCUGGCAGGAGGCUGAGUGUCACGGGUGGAGACGGAAGGGAUGCUUGUUAUGUGAUGGGCGGAGGAAGUGGAGCGGGCAGCAAACGCAUGCUUCCUUCUCUUUCCUACCCAGGCACAUCCCUGCUGUACUUCUCUGGGCCUCAGUUUCUCUGUCUGCAAACUGGGCUGACUCACUCCUGCUCUGCACACAUCCUGGUGAAGAUGAGGGGAGUGCUCUCUGUACUGCAAGGGCCGGAUAGACAGCGCCAGCGUUGUGCCUCCAUAUGUAAAGAGCCUGCUUCCCUGGGAUCCUGUUCACUCUUGCGGCAGCCCCGAGAAGUAUCCAGCUCCUUCUUUUGCAGAAGGAGGAACGGAGGUCUGGAGACGUGCUUGAGGCUGCCCAGCCCCUUGCAGGCAGAGCUCACACAGCAUCAAGCUGCCGCCCCUCCUGGGUUUCCAGAGCUGCGGGUCCCUGAGCCCUGCCUCCCCUCCGGCUGUGGGCACAGUCUGCGGUGGGGAGAGGCUGCAGCAGCACCCACCGCCCCACACCCUCAGGCUGGGUUCUGGCGAGAAGGGCUCGACUGGCAGCACGCACAGGUGUGGCAGCUCCUCGGCACGCCCAAGGCUCUGGUGGGUAAAUCACUCCAGUGCUGGGGCUCCGGGCCCCGGCACGACAAGGCAGAGCGUGUUCUGUGCAAUCAAAGACAGGAUGUACUUGGGAGCGGCCGCGCCAUUGUUGUGGUGUAGCGGAAGAGAAAUUAAUUUUAAUCUUGGAGUCAAUUCCAGCCUGGGCGGGAAGUGCCAACGCUCAGAGAGGGCUGGUGGCAGGCGCGUGCCCCGGCUCACGUGGCCACUGCAGCCUGGAUGUGGGGGAAACGCAGCCACGAUGCAGCACAGCCCCCUGGGGACCCUUCCGCGUUAGGACCCCAGGCCCAGCCCACGGCCCGGCACAGGAAGACGCCCUGGUCCCUCAUCCUGCCCAGAAGGCCUUUGGCGGGCUUUCCGCUGUCCCUGGACCCCUCCCUCUCUUACUAUAACAUACUCACUCUGGGCCGCCACCUACCGGGACAGUGGGCGGGGCCGGGGCAGUGGUGGGACAGAGCCACCCCCUGCAAGUGCCCUGGGCCCUGAUCUCUCCUCUGCCACCUGACCUGAGCCUGGGGACCUGCAAUGAACAGCCCUCUCCACUGGCCACCCUCCCCUGACUGGUCGGCCCCACCCCGUCUCUGGGCCUCUGUUUCCCCAGCUGCAAGGCCAGGGGCUAGCAGUGAGCUCCGGGGCAGGCCAGUGCCCCGACACCCCUUCCAUCUCCUCUUCUUCGCUCUGGGGACCCCAACUGCACUUUGGGGGGCGGCAGCGAUGGACUGGUUCUAAAGGCGUCUCCUGGGUCUGGCGUCACUACCGGGAGUGGCCCGAGGGAAGGCUGCCUGAGGGCUUCCGGAAAGUUCUCCCAAGGGGUGGGCCUUCCUCUUUAUGCUGCCUGGCACUCCUGUCACCUGCUAUGACCUGCUGGGGCGGCACAGGCACCUUGGGACCCCACGCUGGAGGAUGGCCACGCCCUCAGCCUGGCUCCACAGUGGCGGCAGGGAGCUGCAGCACCGCCCCUGGGCUUCUGGCUCUGCAAGAACCACACACUCCCUCGGUGGAUCAGGACCCGAGGUUUGCUCCUGGCCACUGGAGGCAGCUGCUGAGAGAUGCAAGCUCCAGACAGGGACAAUAAUAACAGCAGCUCUGCUAUUGUUACUGAGGCGGCAGCUGCACUGAGCAUGUCACCUCUAAGGCUCUCGGUUCCCCAACAGUGACCACGAGGCCAGUCUCGCUACUGGGUCCAUUCCACAGACGGCACUAGAGACGGUGGGUCAUUCGCCCCCACUUGGGGAGGGGGCUUCAUGUUGAGGGCAAAGGGCACACACUUAAGUGAAAGAAGCCGGACCAAAAAAAGACGCUCGUUGUAGGAGACUCUUUAUGGGAAACGCCUACGAGGGGCAAACCCAUCGAGCCGGAAAGCAGAUUCGUGGCUGCCAGCGGCGGUGGGGCAGGGCGUGGGGGUGCCUGUUAAUGGGUACGGGGCUUCUUUUUGGAUGAUGGGAACAUUCUGAAACUAGACAGUGGUGAUGCCUGCGCGACACUGUAAGAUGCCUUAAGAAUGGGGCCCCCCCACUGGGGGAGGGACACAGGAGUCCUGGCUCUGUCGCUCCCCCUGUCCCUGACCCGGCAAAGGGGGCAGUGAGGCACUAGCCCCAGCCUGGUCCUGAGGGUGGCAGGGGACUGUGGCGGCAGGUCCAAGAAAGGGGUGAU